AUGAAGCUGCAAGGGCAAAUAAGUGCUUUCAACACCAACAAAUGCUGCCCUUUGACCAACAGAUGCAGGAGUCUUCUUCCAAAUACUGCAGCCCCUGAGGUGAGAAUCUGGCUCCUAAGAGGGCAACUUCCUCUCCUGCUGCUGUGCUCAAGUCUGCAGAGACCCACGGUCGCAGUUAAAAUUGACUUUGACUUGGCACCAAGUUCCUUUGAUGAUCAGUACCAAGGCUGCAGCCAACAAGUCAUGGAGGACCUGAUUCAAGGGGAUUAUUUUACGAAAGAACUACAAUCUCGUAGGAAUUACCACAGGGUCUGGCAACAUGCACACUUAACCUGGUUGAGACAAGGAAAAGCUCUCCCUGAGAACAUGACUAUUACACAUGCUGUGGCCAUCUUGGUUUAUUCAUCGAACGACAGUGUUCGUUCAGACUUCUCCAGAGCCAUGGCCAGUGCUGCUGGGUCUCCCCAGCAAUAUAAACAUUCAUUCCAUUUCAAAUAUCUACACUACUACCUGACCACGGCAAUCCAGCUGCUGAGGAAAGAGAUUGUCACAAGGAAUGACUCUCUGUGUUAUGAGGUGCACCAUGAGGUGAAGGGCAUUUACUUGGAAGCCCCUACGGGCGCUACCAUUCGCUUUGGCCAAUUCCUCCCCACCUCUUUCCUGAGAGAAGGGGCACAGAAGUUUGGGGACCAAACUUUAUUUACCAUAUUGACCUGCCUGGGGGCACCUGUACAAGACUUCUCUCUCAAAAAGGAGGUCCUGGUCCCUCCGUAUGAGCUGUUUGAAGUUGUAAAUACAAGCUACCACCCAAGAGGAAAUUGGUUGCAAUUGCAGUCAACUGGGACCCAGAGCGCAUAUAACUGUCAGCUGCUAAAAGCUUCCAGCAAAAAGUGCAUCCCUACUCCCAUAGUUAUUGCUUCUCUCUCAUUUUUGACCUGUGUCAUCAUCUCUUCCAAAAAUAGAGCAUAA